ACCUCAAACUCCUGGGCUCAAGCAAUCCUGCUGCCUCAGCCUCCCAAGUACAUGGAUUUUCUAAUGAGGCAAAGAGUAGAAAGCCAAAACACUCUCUGUGGCAUAGAGGCUUUGCUUUAUAUUCUUAGAAAAUACAUGGUUGGUUAUACCCAAGUUUGGGUUACUCCAAAAUGAUCCAGGAAGGGGAAGAAAAAUUAAAGGUGUUAAAAAUCCUAAGUUCUGAGAGUGUUUACCUUCAGGUCAGCAGCAUCAAAGGAAGUUUCAAAGUAAGUGACCCUUCUGUAAAAUUUGAACCUUUUUGUCCUUUUUCACCUAGACACUAUUAUCUUAGCUCCUAUUGUCUUUCUCUUUAGAUGAUAGAAGAUGUUUUGGGAGAAGGGUCAGUCUCUGCCAGUCGGUUCAGCAGGUGGUUCUCUAACCCGAGUCGAUCAGGAAGCCAAUCCAGCAGUCUUGGGUCAACACCACAUGAAGAACUGGAGAAACUCGCAGGUCUGGAGCAAGCCAUCCUCUCUCCUGGACAAAACUCUGGGAAUUAUUUUGCUCCUAUACCAUUGGAAGACCAUGCUGAAAAUAAAGUGGAUAUUUUAGAAAUGCUUCAGAAAGCCAAAGUGGAUUUAAAACCUCUUCUUUCCAGCCUUUCUGCAAAUAAAGAAAAACUGAAAGAGAGCUCACAUUCAGGAGUUGUACUGUCAGUGGAAGAGGUAGAAGCAGGGCUCAAGGGUUUGAAGGUGGAUCAGCAAGUGAAAAAUUCAACUCCCUUUAUGGCAGAACACCUAGAGGAGACCCUGAAUGCUGUAACCAGCAAUCGACAGCUCAAGAAAGAUGGAGACAUGACUGCAUUUAACAAGCUAGUGAGCACCAUGAAGGCAAGUGGGACUUUGCCUUCUCAGCCCAAAGUCAGCGUAAGUAUUUGGCACAAACCCCAGCCUUCUCUCCUUUUCCCUCUUUCUAUUCCAUUUCCAACCAUAAUAAAUGGAUUUUUAAAAAGGUAUUCUGAGUAAGCUGGAGAUUCUUUAGUAGUCAUUUGGUCCUUGAUGCUUUUGUGCGUUCUUAAAUUAUCAAUAUGCUAUUUGUCACUAGAAAAAGCAGGUCUGUGGUUUAUGUAUUGUGGGUGACAGUGUAAAGAUUAAAAGAUUCAACCUUAUACAGUACUUGUAUUUUAGCUUUUUCAAGUUAGUGCUAAGCUACUUUUAAUUUCAUAUAAUUUACCAUAUUUUUAUAGUA